CAUAGAUGUUCCCCAGUUUGUGAUUGUGAAGCUUUCAACCAAAUUGAAACCUGAUUGUCGAUUUUGUUAACAAUCAGUUUGGCCUUUCGAGUUGCUCACUGGAAAACCGUCUUGCGCAAAAGAAAAAUCUUUCGGGUUGGUAGAACGUUUGCUUGUUGCGAUAGCCGGUUGCAAAAUUCAACUGUUAUAAUGGACGUCUUCCUGAUGAUUAGACGCAAGAAGACGACGAUCUUCACCGAGGCCAAAGAAACUACCCCAGUCUACGAGCUGAAGCGGAUGAUCGAAGGAAUCCUGAAGGUGCCUCCCCAGAACCAGCGCCUUUUCAACCGGGACAACCAGGAACUAGACUACGACCGGACCCUGCAAGACUGCGGCAUUACGGUUUCGGCUGGGAAAGCUCAGUGUCCGGCCCAGAUAGGAUUGGCCAUCCGCGGCAGCAAUGGUGAAUUUGAGCCGCUUGAUUUGGCACCCUACUCGAUGCCCCCGGAUCUGCCCGAUGUGAUGAAGCACCAGGACGCGGCUAACCAGGGACAGGAAUAGCUGGCCGAAGGCGAAGAGAAAGCUCCUAAAAUUAUGCAAUUAUUUAGUUUAGUUGAAAGCCGGGUGGAAUCGCAAGGAAG